GAUAAAAUUGUCAUAAAUAUGUCACGGGAUUGUUUGAGAUCACGUAAAAAUAGGCGUAUGUCAAGGGUACUAAGGGYUUUUUCUAAGGAACAAUAAUGUAUAAUUCACGAUCUUUGAAGAGCCAUGGAGGAAAAAYAUUAGUUUAAAAACUUUAGAAAAAAAAGUCACUUUAGCGUUUGGAGGUGAAGCAAGCAAAUAGAUGACUGUUACAAUGAAUAAAAGCUUACCUCUAACGAAGGUGUAUUGAAGCGUCAACAAGAGAUAGAUAUGUCCAACGGUCAAUCACUGGAAGAUAAAGAAAAAUACAAAGUUAUAAUGGCAUUACUAUACCAAAGUAAACAGUUGAGUCACACUGUUUAUCCAAUUACGUUUGGCGGGAAAUAGAGAAUGGAUGAUGCCAGGGUGUACGAUGGCAAUUCUUUCCUCUUCACAUUUAGAAACAAACAAACGCAAAGAAURACAUUUUGAUCAGAAAAUAGAAACUUCUCAGAUCAUCCUUUAACAAUUAAAACGUUUGAAGAAAAAUGCCUACAGAAAAAAAAACACAUAGUUUCAAACGAACAAUCACUAAAAGAAACCUAAGGAUACAAUCAUAGUAGCAUUUCAUGGUGGACGCCGGAAAGUGAACUGUUUUUCUAUUAAAAAACUAAACUGAAUGAUUUCAUUAGGGAAUACACUGAUAAUUCUCAGCUUCCGGUUUAUGGUAAUAAUAUUGAUAAAAGGAUUUAUUUGACCUUUCAUGAUAUGGACCACCGCCUCCUGUCAUUGCCAAUCGACCUGGAAUUUUCUGCAGUGUAUAGUAGCAUUUGAAAUUGAGCAAUGAAGAUAUCUAUUAAAGAAAAGCCAGAGGCUACUGUUGGAAGAAGAGUCAGAGCWGUAGGGAUGGUGUUCUUUAAAACAAACGAUUUAGUGGUUGGUGAAGUCUACACGCWAAAACGUCAGAACAAGAAUGUAAAAGACCAGAACUGCCUCGAGAUAGUUGACAGAUUCUUAAGAGCUAAAGCUGUUGUUAAUAGGGACAUAGCGUCCAUCCUUUCACCAUUAAUGGACGAUGACAAAAUAAUCAAUGCUGAAUGUGAGGUACUGGAACAGGCAAAAUGGAGCAAGGGGGAUCGAAAAGUGGCCGCUAGAGCACACAAGAUCAAAAUACUAAUAACAUUCMAAGAUGGAUUGGAACCUCUGGUCACUUCUUUCCUCGAAAGGAUGAGAGAGAACUACGAAGCCAAUGAAGUUUAGAUGUCAAUCAUAUGUCAACAUUAAAAUAUYAUAA